AUGUGGAUGAGUUUGGAAGCCAACGGUUCUUCAAAUGCUGUAGACACCGAAGUCAAACUCGACUCAAAUCCAAACCUCAACUCAGACGGUGACGACGAUGCCACGGAUAAAGAUUCCUCAAAGAAGGUAUUGACUAUCCCUGCUCCCGCCGUUUGUCUUGUCCGUUUCGCCGGAGAUGCAGCUGGUGGCGCCAUCAUGGGGUCUAUCUUUGGAUAUGGUUCAGGAUUGUUCAAGAAGAAAGGUUUUAAAGGAUCGUUCGCUGAUGCAGGGAAGUCUGCAAAGACUUUUGCUGUUUUGUCUGGAGUACACAGUUUGGUUGUUUGCCUUCUGAAACAAUUGCGAGGGAAAGAUGACGGUUCAAACGUUGGGACUAAACGUGUUCAGAGAUGA